AUGAUGCUCUACAUUGGUGAAAACUAUUCUGAUACAUUUACACAAGUAAAUUAUCAAUUGUAUAAUAGAAAAAAAACGUCUAAUAUUUAAUGUUCUUUAUAUAUAAUUAUUUAUCGAACAAUUAAAACAUGAAGUUUCGAGGUUAAGACACAUAAGAAUAUAAAAUGAUUGGGAGAGAGCAAGAUUCAUCAGUGCUUGUUAAAUUUUGA